AUGGCUCGCCAGGGGCCCCGACCCUAUGGGCCAACGCUGAAUGAGCGACUGAGUGCCGCACAUGCAAGGCUCAUGGAGGUGGCCCAGGGGGGCGAUUCAUCGCCCGAGUUGAAGGAGACAUCCGCAUCUCCAAGUUCAUCCAAGGAGGAAACGGUCACAUUUGGUAGAAAGAGUGUGCGAUUGUACAUCGCAUGGGGCAAGGUUCAAGCUGUUGAGGAGGAGGCUGAUAGCAACAUGAGAUUCUGGCUGGGUCUCUCAGGGCCAGUGGUGCAGCGAGGCUUCGAGGUUCCCGUGGAUGAAGAGGAGUUGCUGCAGGAGAAGGUGGGGCAGAUCGUGGUGGUCGUGCAUGGAAUCGGCGAGAAGUUCGCUCAAAGGCGCUGGGGUGGCCUGGUGCACGACGUUGGGGUGCUGCGGCGUACGCUGCUCCACGCCCAGCUUAAGCUGUGUGGCUUUGUCCAGAAGGAUGGCCGAUGGCAAGAAGGUGAGGAUCCUGUGGCUUCGGGCCCGAAGAUUGAGGUCUUGGUGUCCGAGUGGUGGCAGAGUGUGCAUUCUGAGGAGAUGGAUCAGCAGUUGAGCAGCAUCACCCUGCCAUCCCUUUCCGCGGUGAGAGACUUUGCCAACCUCUCCCUUGUGGACGGUUUGGCUUUCAUGCAGGAGCGCUCCAAGGUCAUAGCCGCCACCAGCGCCAGCAUUGAGAGAACCGUGGCAAGGUUCAAGGAAUGCCAUCCACAGUUCAAGGGCCAGAUCUUCCUACUGGGCCAUUCGCUGGGAGGUGUGAUUUCCUGGGACAUCAUCAAGGAAAAGCGACUGUCCUUCACCCCGAGCGCUCUCUUUACGCUGGGCUCCCCACUGGGCGUGUUCCUGCACACGGCGUCGGGCGUGCAAGGGAAGCCCUCCAUGGACGAGCUGGGGAAGGUGAGGUUUUUCAACAUCUUCCACCCUUUGGAUCCAGUGGCCUACCGCAUGGAGCCGCUCCUCUGGCCCCAUGGGCCGUGCCCUCCCGCGCCGGCCCAGCUGAACGACCGCGACGCGUGUCACGCGCAGCGAGUGGACUGGGCGCUGCCGCUGGCGGCGCUGAGCAGCGCCUCGGAGCUGCUGCAGGCAGUGCCAAGCCACAUCAGCUACUACAAGAAUCCUGACCUUGGCACCUUCAUCCUCCGGCAGUGCAUUCGAUCUCCAGCCUCCACAGCACAGGUGGCGACCGCGGCGCGGAGGCUCACAGCCAGUCUCACUACGUCCGCGCUUCAAGCCCUGGUGGGUUUCUCGAGGAUAGCUCGAAUCCAGCUUGAUGCUAGGUUCUAUCGCUUGGCCGUGAAGCAGGCAGAGUCGCUCUAUGACAUUAUGGAGGCAGCUUACCAACUUGCAUCAGCAUCACCCCAUGCAUCACGGGGUGAAGAAGCAUGGGCAAUGGAUAGCAUCUUACCAACUUCCCAGAUGCGCUCAGCCUCCCUCCGGCUGGCCAUGCCGCGUGCCUCGGCCAUCUUUGUGCCAGCAUCGGCCCAGGCUUCCGGCCACAGCAGUGCGCCACUGGCCAGCCGGGGCCCUUGGGCCGCCACAGCAGGUGUAGCGGGCGCACUGGGUGUAGCGGGCGUGGCCGGCCGAUCCACAAGCUCCAAGGCUGAGGUGGCAGGACAUGUGUCCUCCGGGGCUGGUGAGCUGGCCGGGCUGCCUUUCCUCUAUGGCACAGCGUGGAAAGAAGGUCAAACUGCCGAGCUGGUCGUGAAGGCGGUGAGGGCGGGCUUCCGCGGUAUCGACACUGCAUGCCAGCCGAAGCACUACCAAGAAGACUUGGUGGGCGAAGCCUUAGCACGUUUGGCGAGCGAAGACCACUUGCCCAGGGAGCAACUCUGGCUCCAGACCAAGUUCACGCCCAUCCGUGGACAAGAUCCGCGAAGGGUGCCCUAUGACACGCAGGCCCCCUUGAAGAAGCAAGUGGAGCAGUCCAUCCAAAAGUCGCUGGAGAACUUGCGGACGUCGUAUAUCGAUUCCUUGAUGAUGCAUUCACCCAUGCCCACCCUAGAGGAGAAUUUGGAGGUGUGGGGCGUUUUCGAGCAAGCUGUUGAGGCUGGACAUGUGCGGCAACUGGGGAUCAGCAACUGCUAUGACCCCCGAGUCUUCCAGAUGAUCUACGAUGCCGUGAGGAUCAAGCCCAAAGUGCUGCAGAAUCGCUUCUACGCAGAUUCGGGCUAUGAUCGGGAGCUCAGGGCCUUUUGCCUGGAGAAUGGUGUCAAAUAUCAGACCUUUUGGACCCUCACGGCUAACCCACACCUGCUGGAGAUGCCACCCAUUCGCGCAGCCGCACGGCGCUUAAGCGCCACCCCAGCGCAAGUGCUUUUCGCUUGGCUGAUCCGCUCUGGGCAUCAGCCGUUGACGGGUACCAAGAGCCUGCAGCACAUGAAGCAAGACCUCCAAGCGGCCAACAUGGCACUGACAGAAGCUGAAAUGCGAGACAUUGGUGGCCUGUUUACUGGACGCUUCUCGAGCUAUUAGCCGUUUUUCAGCAGAUGGCUUGGACUCCUUCGACGCUGGAUUCGGAGGUCGCCCGGGUGAGCCUCAGCCGGCCAUGAAUGGCCCCAAACAGUGGACCCACAGCGAGAAAAGAAACGGAGCCUUCAGUGCCCCAUCCAUGCCCAUCCAAGCGCAUCCGUUGAUUCACACAUCCUGAGGCCGCAUCCCA